AAUAACAGAAACAACGUCAGUGUUUUUGAGGUCAUCACUUGUGUGGACUCCUGCCUGAGGAUACAUGUCAGUGAGGACUGACAGCUUGAAUGGCCUGAGCAGACUCACAGUCCACUGGGCAGCUGGGUCACUGCUGCGUCUGUCAGGGCUACAGCCUGACAGGAUCUGGACCUCAGGGACCUCAGGGACCUCAGGGACCUGUGUCUGCUGCUCAGAUUGUCUCCCUCAUCACAGACUGCGUCUCAUGGCGCAUCAUUUCUCAACAUUUCUUUAAGUACGUCAUCAUCAGAAUGUGAUUUUUCCAGUGUGUGACAACAACAUGCCACUCUGUCUCACUCUGUUCACCGCUGGUUGUCUCAGUAUAAAGGUCUUGUUGUAUGGAGUCGUCGCCUACACAGCAGCAGAAGAAUGUACGAGGCUGAAGUGAGUCACUGUGACUGUGCAGAGAUGGGCCUGGACCGGGCCUCAGACCCAGAUUGUUCUGCAUGAUUAGACUGAGACGGCCCCCUUGGUCCGCCCAAAAACAAGAAGUUAAUGUAACCCUGACCUCUGACCUCAGCUCUGUGGUGAACCACAUCUUUGUCUCAGACACAUGUGGACAGAACUGACAGAAAAACAAAACAUUGAAGAAGAAAUUUAAAUGUCAAAACUGAGCUCUGCUUCAAACCACAUUACCAUCAAUAAACCGACAACAGUGAUGUCAUCGGUUCAUGUCCUUUAAUGAUGGGUCACAGAUGUUUACUAACUAGUGGCAGGAUCUACUCCCAUUUCACCUCCUCAACACUGGGGGGCGUUGUCUCCCUGGUCCUGCCCCCCUUCCUCUGCAGCUGUGUGUGCAUGUGUGUGUGUGUGUGUGUUAGAGUAGACAGAGAAGCAGCAGUUAAGGCUGGACAGAAGCAUGUUGUCAACCUGGCUCUGCUGAUUUCACGUUUGAUGGAAGCAGCAGCAGCAGCUUGUGAUGUGAUGGUGUGAUGGGAGCAUCAGCAGAUUUGCCAUUAGCAGCAGUAGCAGCAGCAGCAGCAUCAGGAUGGGAAACAAACAAACAACGUUCACCGACGAGCAGCUGGAAGCCUUUCAGGACUGCACCUUCUUCACCCGCAAAGAAAUCCUGCGGUUGCACAGUAGAUACCGUGAACUGGCUCCACACCUGGUUCCCUUGGACUACACCAACAACCCGGACAUCAGCGUCCCUCCGACCCUCAUCGUAACCAUGCCAGAGCUGAAGGAGAACCCGUUCAGAGAGAGGAUUGUGGAGACGUUCUCUGAAGACGGACAGGGGAACCAGAGCUUCAAUGACUUUGUGGACAUGUUUUCGGCAUUCUGUGAAACAUCGCCGAGAGAGCUGAAGAUGAUCUAUGCCUUUAAGAUCUACGACUAUAACAGGGACAGCUUCAUCUGUAAGGAAGACCUGAAGAAAACCCUCAACAAGCUGACCAAAGGAGACCUGACGCCGGAGGAGGUGAUGCUGGUGUGUGACAAGGCCAUGGAGGAGGCCGACCUGGACGGAGACAACAAGUUGUCCUUCGCCGACUUUGAGAACAUGAUCUCGAAAGCUCCUGACUUCAUCAGUAACUUCCAUAUACGAAUAUGAGGACGUUUUUACCCUGACGACCAGGGGACACCUUGAUGAACACCUGUCUUCAAUCAGGGGUUUCCUGUUUCUAUGGUGCAGAGGGUGGAGGACAGUUCUUUUAGAGGACCACUGUACUCAGUAAGUGACCCUUGACCUCCUGCAAGACACACUUUUUAUUAAAGGACCCCUGUCUCUGUUGGAGGACACCUGUCUCCUGUUUUAGUGAACUCACACCCUGUGAGGAAACACUUGCUUUGCCCCCUGCUGCCUCGUCCCUCCUCACCCGUGGACCUUCUUCUCCCCCCUGGUCUCCUGAAGCACAGUCAACUUUUGGUGCAGGACAUUUUGUUGACAAACCAUGAAGAUGAGACUCCUAGAAGCCCCACCUCAGUGGCAGCGGCUGUGAUGUCUCCGUGUGUUUCCUGUGGACAGGUGGAGGAUGGGGGACACCAGACGAGGACUUCGCUGCACCACAAACCAGAACAGGGCUUUUACCACUUGACACAUUUUAAAGGGCAAACAUCAAAGAGCUAUGCAACCGUUGACGAUGUGCAAGUCCCCAAUGCUCGCCGCCGAGGUCACCGUCCGUACACGUCCGUCUUUGUACGUCGUAGUGACACGUCCGAAAGCACAAUGACAAUCAAACUCACCUGUACCUGAUCCAAGGGCUCUGUUAACCUGUCGACGUAGAUGUGUCAAUGUCAAACAUGUGAAAUCUGACGGCCACAGAUUCAGUGCAGACAAAGAGACGUCAUAAUGUAGAAAAUCAAAUCUUUGACUUCACAGAUGGAACUCACUAUGAAAGUGUCACCAUGGACAUCUGUCCUGUAGAAAACAUGGUUGUGAAAUUGUUACAUGUCAUUGUAGUCACCUUAGGUGAUCCCAGUAAUUCCCAGUGUUGGGAAGCUGUCACUUUUAGAAGUAAUUUUUCCAAUUUAUGACAAGUUACUGCAGUAACUGGUUAGACUUAAAGAUUUAAGUCAUUUUAAUUCACAUAAACUUCAUAGGGACGAUGCAGUUUAAGUUCCAACGACUAAUGUCCUGCACAGACAGUUUACAGAUACUCGUAGUUUUCAACUUUUUGGACAUAAUUAUAACUUAAACCCCAGUAGAUCGCUCAUACAUUAACAUAUUAAACAGGCAUUUUUGAUUCAUCUUACAUAUGUUUUUUUUUUUUUGCAUCUUCAAACCAGAGUUUGGCUGUAAACAAAGGUGACAUUAUAACAGUUUGAUGUUUAUUUGUUCAUUUGAUCCUCACCGCUUUCAGAGCUGCAGAAAAAACUCCGCCUCAUUUCAGCCUACACAUCAUUUACUGCUCUUGUCUUCACUAACAAGUCUUUGUACUAAUGACUCAAUAUUAAUAAAUGACAAAUGAACAGUUUUUACUGCAUUUCCCUGUAAUCUGCGAAGAUAAAGUGGAAUUUAAACACGUAAACAGACUAAGAUGAAAGAGGGGAAGCUUAUCACUAUUUAGUGUACAUACAGCAUACACCUAAAUAUACACACAUUUGUAGUUCUUACAAAGUAAAAAAAAGGCGUUUGUGAGCAGCUUCAGCCUCUGAAGUGCAUUUUCUGUCCACUAGAAUGCGCCAUUUGAAAGCAGGACACUAGUUCACACCCACCAUUUCCGGUCAAUUCAUUUAAGGAGAAAUAUUUCAGAAGUGAAAUACAUCUAACCUAAGACGUAUCCCGGAAGUCACAAGAAAAUACAAUUUUGGCGCUUUUUUUAAGCACAAAGUUGUGUAGUCUCUGCCCAAGAUAAUUCAUAGUUUUUAAUGAAAACUACGAAUUGUGUUUGUUUGGCCGCCUUUACGAUAGCGCCCAACGUUUAAAAAGAACAGUAACGUUUGAAACGAUCAGUAACGUUUAGCUCACUGCUAACAAUGUCGGCCCAGAAUGGAGCGAGUGACCAGUGAGUUAUUCUUCACCACGAUGAUUGACGACUAGAUUUAUGCAAAGCUACUGAAUGGAACUUGUUUGCUGGUGUCCACUUUGAAGACCUUGUGAUGAGUGGAAAACUCAAAACAAACACACCUGACUGAGUGGGCGGAGCCACCUUCUGCACCCUCUGCUCUUACCUGUGAUGAAGACCGCUUUGCCCUCUGCUGGCAACCUGGAAGAUGGACGAGUCCUGA